GAGCCGAGGGCAGCGCUCGGGCUUGGCCGGGCGGCUUCGGGGCGAGACGCCCGCUCCCCGCCGCCUCGGGUGGCCUUAGCCCGAGCGGGAGCCCGGCCUCCCCCUCGCCCCCCGGGGCGGGCAUGGCAUGGCUGCGCCCCGCCUGGCCCCGCUGCGCCCCGCUAAGAUGGCGGCCGCGCGGCCCUCCCUGCGCCCGGCGGGCGGCCGAGCCGAGGGAGGCUGCGGGGGCGGCCCCGAGGGCGGCAGCCGGGCCGUGGCCUCCUCAAGGCGGCCGCGGGCUCCGCACGGCCUCGCCCGGCCUCGGGGAGGUGCCGCUGACCAGCGAGCGGUACCGCGUGCGGCGCCUGCCCUUCUCCUCCCUCGGCCCCCGGGACGUGGCCUUCUUCGAGCGCCUGAUGCCGGGCAGAGCCGUCACGGACCCGCAGGAGGUGGAACCGUUUAACGUGGACUGGCUGAGGUCGGUCCGAGGCUGUAGCAAGCUGUUGCUGAAGCCGCAGACAGCAGCGGAGGUGUCUCAGGUUCUCAGGUACUGCUCUGAGAGGAACCUGGCAGUGAACCCGCAGGGGGGUAACACGGGCCUUGUUGGGGGCAGUGUUCCUGUCUUCGAUGAGAUCAUUCUCUCCACUGUUCUCAUGAACCGGAUCAUCAGCUUUGACGCCGUGUCUGGAAUCCUCGUGUGCCAAGCUGGCUGCAUCUUAGAGAAACUCAAUGAGUACUUGGAGGAGCGGGGCUUUAUCAUGCCACUUGACUUGGGAGCGAAAGGUAGCUGCCACAUCGGUGGUAACGUGGCCACAAACGCUGGAGGCUUGCGGUUGCUGAGGUACGGCUCCCUCCGAGGGACCGUGCUAGGACUGGAAGUGGUGCUGGCGGAUGGCACAGUCCUGGACUGCUUGGCAUCUCUGCGCAAAGACAACACUGGCUACGAUCUGAAGCAGCUUUUCAUCGGAUCUGAGGGGACCUUGGGAGUUAUCACGGCUGUCUCCAUACUCUGCCCUCAGAAACCGAAGGCUGUGAAUCUGGCAUUCCUAGGGUGUCAGAAUUUCUCUCAAGUUCUGGAAACCUUUACAACCUGCAGAGCCAUGCUGGGAGAGAUCCUGUCUGCCUAUGAGUUCAUGGAUGAGAAGUGCAUGGAACUGGUUGAGAAACAUCUCAAGCUAUCCUGUCCAGUAAGAGACAGCCAUUUUUAUGUUUUAAUUGAAACUUCGGGCUCUAACUCAACCCACGAUGAAGAAAAAUUGAACAGCUUCCUAGAACAGGCCAUGACUUCUGGAUUAGUCACUGAUGGAACUGUGGCGACAGAUGACAAGAAGAUAAAGAUGCUGUGGAGCCUCCGGGAGAGGAUCACAGAGGCUCUUACUCACGACGGCUGUGUUUACAAAUACGACAUCUCCCUGCCUGUGGGGAAGCUGUAUGAUCUUGUGACGGACAUGAGGGCUCGGCUGGGCCAGAGUGCCAAAAAUGUGGUGGGCUACGGCCACUUGGGAGAUGGAAACUUACACCUGAACAUCACAGCAGAAUCCUACAGCCAUGCCCUGCUGGAUGCCAUUGAACCGUUUGUGUAUGAGUGGACUGCAAGAUAUAAUGGCAGUAUCAGUGCAGAGCACGGAUUGGGCUUCAAGAAAAAGCAGUUCAUUCAGUACAGCAAACCCAGCGAGGCAGUCUUUCUAAUGCAGCGCUUCAAAGCCAUGUUAGACCCCAAAGGGAUCCUCAAUCCGUACAAAACAUUGCCCUCCAGCUCCUGAAGCAACAUGUUCUGAGAAGCAAGCAGGUGCCAUCACGUGAGGACGACAUCUCCAGCUCGAUAACUGUACUUUAACCCCAAACUGAGGGAUCAAGCAAGCAUGUAGAAUGCUCCUUGGCUUAUUUUCUUAGUGUGAUGGAGCAAGUAAAGGAAUGUGGUUCCUCUCUUCAGGGGUGUCUGCUCUUUCUGAAGAAGAGCACAUUACGGGUUUUCACUGUGUAGGCUUUCUGUUUAAUCUGAACACUGAAACGAAGCGUACAGAUGUUAUCUUUUAAUCUUAACUGCUUUUUCUACCAUGGGUAUGAUGUUUAGCGUUGGUAGUAGAACACUUACUCCUUACAUGUCUCAAGCUCUGGUGAUCACUGUUUUUCUUUCCUUUCUAUUUUGUUUACUGCAUGCAUUCUGCAGCCAAACAGUGAGAUCA